AUGGCACGCAAACGCACAAAGAAGAGAACGCACGUCGGUGCGAACAACCUUGAAGUCGAUGCCCCCGGCCAUGCUUCGGCCCGCGACCCCAAAUCCAUGGUCAUUCGCAUUGGCGCCGGCGAGGUCGGAUCGAGCAUCAGCCAAUUGGCAACGGACGUGCGCAAGGUCAUGGAGCCCGGCACGGCAAGUCGCUUGAAGGAGAGGAGGGCGAACAAGCUGAAAGACUACGCCGUCAUGUGCGGGCCACUGGGCGUCACCCACAUGAUGCUCUUUUCACGAUCAGACUCGGGCAACACCAACUUGCGCAUGGCCUUGGCGCCCCGAGGACCGACGAUGCACUUUCGCGUCGAGAAAUACUCCCUCUGCAAAGACGUCCAACGUGCGCAGAAGCACCCGCGCGGCGGAGGCAAGGAGUUCCUCACGCCUCCCCUUCUGGUCAUGAACAACUUCAUCCGCCCCGACUCCGACUCGAAGACCAAGGUCCCGAAACAUCUCGAAUCUCUCGCGACGACCGUUUUUCAAUCGCUCUUCCCGCCCAUCAACCCACAACAGACGCCGCUCAAGUCGAUACGGCGCGUGCUUCUCCUCAACCGCGAAGAGUCCAAGGACGACGACGGCACCUUUAUCCUCAACUUCCGCCACUACGCCAUCACGACACGCUCGACCGGUGUUUCGAAACAGCUCCGCCGUAUCAAUGCGGCUGAGCAAUUCAUGUCUACGAAAUCAAGUCGCAAGGGCAAGAUGCCGAACCUGGGCAAGCUGGAGGACAUUGCUGACUACAUGACGGGCGAGGGCGACGCCGGGUACAUGACGGAUGCGACAAGCGGGAGUGAGAUGGACACGGACGCCGAGAUCGAAGUGCUCGACUCUGCGCCCCGCAAGGUGCUGUCAGCACGGGCCAGGCAGGCGGCUGCCCGCAACGCCGAGGACGAGGAACAAGAGGAGAAUGUGGAGCGUCGGGCCGUCAAGAUGGUUGAGCUCGGACCCCGGAUGCGACUCCGUCUUACCAAGGUCGAGGAGGGCCUGUGCUCUGGCAAGAUCAUGUGGCACGAGUACGUCCACAAGAGCAAGGACGAGAUCAAGGAGCUGGAGAAGCGGUGGGAGAAGCGCAGACAGGAGAAGGAGACGCGGAAACGCGAGCAAAAGGAGAAUGUCGAGCGCAAAAAGGCAGAGAGGAAGGCGAGCGGGAAGCACAACGAGGAGGGUGACGAUGACGAUGAAGAGGAGUUGGACUACAGCGACAUGGACGUGGAUGAUUUCGACAGUGAGGGUUUGGGUGGUGAUGCAGAAUACCAGGUCAAUGAGAAGAUGGAACAGGGUGGCGAGUGGGAGGACGAGGAAGAAGAGAUUGGUAAAGGUAGAUGA